AUGGAUCCCGACGCCUUCACCACCAGCCUAUUCAAGUGGGACCCACGCACUGUCCUUCCUCCUCCUGCCGCCGCGGCGGCGGCUAACCGUUCCCCGCUUCUGGACUACGCGGUGGCUCCUCCGAUGGCUCCGGCGGCGGCAUACCAUCCAGUGAGAGGGCCUCGGGAGCUUGGAGGGCUGGAGGAGUUGUUCCAAGCUUACGGAAUCAGAUACUACACGGCGGCGAAGAUAGCGGAGCUUGGUUUCACGGUGAGCACGCUGGUUGACAUGAAGGAAGAGGAGCUCGACGACAUGAUGAACAGCCUCUCCCAUAUUUUCAGGUGGGACCUCCUCGUCGGAGAGCGAUACGGCGUCAAAGCCGCCGUUAGAGCCGAGCGAAGACGCAUCAACGACGAAGAGAUGAAGCGCCGCAACCUUCUCUCCACAGACACCACCACCAACGCACUCGAUGCUCUCUCUCAAGAAGGUUUGUCGGAGGAGCCGGUGGUGCAACGAGAAAAGGAGGUGGUGGGAAGCGCGGGAGGGAGCACGUGGGAGGUUGUUGCGGCGGAGGAGAGGAGGAAGCAGCAGCAGCAGAGGAGGAGGAGAAGGACGAGGAUGAAGACAAAUAUUGAUGAUCGUGAAGAUCAUGAGGAAGGAGAAGAGGAUGAAGGAGAAGAAAAUGAUGAAGGGAAUAACAAUGGUAAUGGUGUUGGUGGUGGGGGCUAUGAGAGGCAAAGAGAGCACCCUUUCAUCGUUACCGAGCCUGGGGAGGUUGCACGUGGCAAGAAGAACGGUCUAGAUUAUCUCUUUCACCUCUACGAGCAAUGCCGUGAGUUUUUGAUCCAAGUUCAGGCCAUCGCCAAGGACCGCGGUGAAAAAUGCCCCACCAAGGUGACAAAUCAGGUGUUUAGGUACGCGAAGAAGGCUGGAGCUAGCUACAUAAACAAGCCCAAAAUGAGACACUACGUGCACUGCUACGCAUUGCAUUGUCUUGACGAGGAGGCGUCGAAUGAGCUGAGAAGGGCUUUGAAGGAGAGAGGGGAGAACGUUGGAGCGUGGAGGCAAGCAUGUUAUAAGCCACUUGUGGCAAUCGCAGCACGUCAAGGUUGGGACAUUGAUGCCAUAUUCAAUGCGCAUCCUCGUCUUUCAAUAUGGUACGUCCCGACAAAGCUCCGUCAGCUUUGUCAUGCCGAGAGGAACACCGCCGCCGCUUCGAGCUCUGUCUCUGUCGACAACAACGUUCAUCUUCCUUUCUAA